GACUGAGUUAUCAGACGGCACUUCCGGCGGGUCAAGAUGGCUGCGACCAUUCAAGACUCACGUGUGAGCGCGGGGAAAAAGCUAAAGCGUUCCCUGAAGAAGAAGCGAAAGAUGAAGCUGGUAGCCAAGGCUGAAAUCUCGAAUCUGGAAGAUGAGCUCAAAGACUCUUCCGACGGGGAAGGUUCGGUAGAAAGCUGUGACGCAGAAAUGGACCAGUCUUCAGAUGAUGGUGCGGCAGAAGCCGACAGUGAGGACAAUGUGGAGUCCUGUGAGGAGGAAAAUGAAGAUGCUGCAGAGUCAAGUGCUGGGACUAAUUCUGGCUGGGCAGAUGCCAUGGCCAAAAUCCUUAACAAAAAGACUCCUAAAAGUAAACCCACCAUCCUCACCAAAAACAAAGAGCUGGAGAAGGAGAAGGAGAAGCUAAAGCAGGAGAGGUUGGAGAAAAGGAAGCAGCUCGAUAAGAAGCGGGAGUGGGAGAUGCUGUGCAGAGUGAAGCCAGAUGUUGUCCAAGACAAAGAGACAGAGAGGAAACUUCAGAGGAUUGCAACGAGGGGUGUGGUGCAGUUAUUCAAUGCUGUUCAGAAACACCAAAAGAAUGUUGGUGAAAAGGUUAAGGAAGCAGGAGGCUCCAUCAGGAAGCAAGCUAAGUUGAUGUCAACUGUUUCCAAGAAGGAUUUCAUCAGUGUUCUUCGAGGAAUGGAUGGUACAAAGGAGAACAGUUCUGCUGGGAAGAACCCCCAAGCCAGACAGACUGAAGCCAAAUCAGAAGAGGGCCCAGGGUGGAAGAUUCUGCGAGAUGAUUUCAUGAUGGGAGCCAGUAUGAAGGACUGGGACAAGGAGAGUGAUGAGGCUGCUGGCGGCAGGGCAGGGGCGGCCAGUGACUGAGCGGACUGGGAGCCUCCAACUCUACUCCAAAGACGCGGCCUCUGACUGUUGGGAGCCAGGAGGCCGUUAUGAAGUACCCGGAUUCCUGAGAACCCUGCUCCAGUGCCUCCUGAGGUGCAAACUGUACUACAAUUGUGUUGGUACUACUUACGUAACUGAGGGUUUUCCAAAAUAUUUGUACAAAGCCAUUUUUUGCUUUUCUGAACAGUGAUGUGCAUUUCUCCAAGACCCUCCAUGUGAGCACACACUGAUCACGCACCAGAGUUUCCAAAGUGCAGUCCUACCUGUAAUUAAAGUGAAGUUGAUGUCA